UAGAUAACGAGUGUGGUUGUUAAACAGGUAGUUUGCAUGGUUUCUAGCUAUAUAUAUUAGGUGUAGGCAUAUAUUUAGCUAAUGAUAAGAUUACAGGGAGAUAUAACAAUAAUAUGCAGAGAGCAGAGCGCUGAAGGCAGUUAACAGGACAGAAUGGUCGGGAGUGGUGGAUCGUAGACAAGUGCCGAGUGUCUUCAUCCUCAUCCUCAUUAAGGGCGACGAUCAGUUUGCUUUGUGAAUUCGUUCCAUUUCGAAGGGCCCCAUGCGAUCGAGUUCGUUCCCCAGGAAGCCAUAGUAUUCCUAAACGAGUCGGCUGUUAUUUAAAAGGAGCUGAAUAAAGGAAAGAACACAAUUUUCAUUGUGUGUUUGAAAUAAAACAGAUAACCUACAAGUCGCACGACUCCCAGCUACGACACCAGCCACCAAAGAUGGCUGAAGGGGAAACAAAGGAGGAAUCGUCGGGUAGUGGCAUUGCUAGGUUGAUCCCAGGUGCUCCUCCCGUCGCGACAGCGGCACCUGUGGAGGCGAGAAAAGGACUCUUUAAAUACGCGCACACGUGUGGCAGUUACUUCGCGAAGUGUAGCUGUGGUAAUCAUGACGGUGUCCCGACAGAGGAGGACCCACCACUUCCAGACAGCCGUAGCCGCGAGAAGCGCCUCUCCAACCCGGAGCUGAACGAGAAGAGAAAAACUAGACACUACAAGCUCAGCCUAAACUAUCAGAAUCCGAAGAGCUAUCUGGCGCAUCCGGACCUCCCGUUCCCAAUAGCUAAACCGCAAGGGGACGCAAAGAAGACACGCCAAAGCUUUCAGUCGAAAUCCUUGGACUUGGAGAAUCUGAACUACCAUAAGUAUACAGCCUUAGCUUACGAGGAGGAGGCAGCCCAGAAGUUCUUCAAGGAUUUCGGGAUCUUCGGCCCGAUGGGGAACGGCGUGGCUUCGAUUAGGAGGAGCUCGCGCGACAGUGAAAAGAAACUAUCAGUGGUGGAUAGCCCUAGAAAAGGCUCUAAUAUCAGCGUGCCGGCAGACUACGAGUAUUUGAAGAGCAUAGUACCAAGACUCGAAAAAGAACUUUCCGACUUGGAGAUCAAGUUCGGUUCGUUGCAAGUGGAAUCGCAGCAGGUGAAGAAGGAUCUACGAUGCCGGGAAUCGGAAGUUGUGCGUUUACAGCGGGAAAUACACAAGCUCAAAAGCGUUUUGCAACAAACUACCACACCAAAAGAUGGAGAUAUGCUGGCCAGCCUUCAGAAACUCCCAACGAUGGCAAAUCGCGCUCCCGUGCAACAGAAUUCGAUGAACAAAAAGCAGGGUGUAUCCGCAGAGUCCAGCGACGCCGCCAACGUCCCCAGCGACAUCACCAUACCCAAAUUCGAUAAAGACUUCAGAUCGAAGCAGCUUAUCAAAGACGCGAUCCUGGACAACGAUUUUCUCAAAAACCUCGAUUCGGGUCAAAUUCGCGAACUAGUUGAAUCGAUGUACCAGAAGGAUUACGAUAGCGGAAGUUAUGUGAUCAGAGAAGGCGAUGCCGGAGCCCACCUGUAUGUCUCCGCACAAGGGGAAUUUGAGGUCAUCAAAGAAGAUAAAGUUCUGGGCAGGAUGGGUUCCGGUAAAGCGUUCGGCGAACUGGCCAUCCUUUAUAAUUGUACAAGAACUGCUUCAAUCAGAGUUAUUGUGGAUUCUACGGCCUGGGUUCUGGACAGGAAAGUCUUCCAGCAGAUUAUGAUGAGGACGGGACUGCAACGACUUCAGGACAAUAUCAACUUCCUGCGCUCCGUUCCUCUCCUUCAGAAUUUGAGCAACAAUGUUUUAGCGAAAAUCGCCGACGUCUUGGAAGUUGAAUUUUAUCCUUCUGGUGCGUAUGUGAUCAGACAAGGAGCAAGGGGUGAUACAUUUUUUAUAAUGAGCAGCGGUAGGGUGAAAAUCACACAGAGAAUGCCAGGAAGUUUGGAAGACGAGGAGAUUCGAGUAUUGGAACGCGGGGAUUAUUUCGGGGAGCAGGCAUUGUUGAAGGAGGAUUAUAGGACGGCGUCAGUGAUAGCAUUGCAUCCGGGCGUUGAGUGUUUGACUCUCGAUCGCGACUCGUUUAUUCAGCUUAUCGGCGAUUUGAGUGAGAUCAAGGAGAAGGAUUACGGAGAUGGCAGGCGUGUACUAGCUCGGCCGACGAGCAGUAACAAUAUGCAAGAGCAGAUCGAAUAUGAGUACAUUCAGCUGGAUGAUCUUGAUGUGAUUGCAACUCUGGGCAUCGGCGGAUUCGGCAGGGUUGAACUAGUGCAGUAUUCCAGAGAUUCGACGGUCACGUUCGCAUUGAAGUGCUUGAAGAAACAGCACAUAGUUGAUACGGAGCAGCAGGAACACGUCUUUAGCGAGAAAGUCAUAAUGAUGAGCUGCAGAAGUCAAUUUAUUUGCAGACUUUACAGGACUUUCAGGGACUCCAAGUUCGUUUACAUGAUGCUGGAGGCGUGUCUGGGAGGAGAGGUAUGGACGAUACUCAGGGAUAGAGGUUGCUUCGACGAACACACAACUAGGUUUAUUACUGCAUGCGUGGUGGAGGCUUUCGAAUAUUUACACGCGAGAGGUAUCAUUUAUCGCGACCUCAAACCAGAGAAUCUUCUGCUGGACAGCCGAGGCUACAUUAAACUGGUAGAUUUUGGAUUCUCAAAACGCUUAGGGUACAGCAACAAGACAUGGACUUUUUGCGGCACCCCAGAAUACGUUGCACCGGAAACUAUUCUCAAUAAAGGACAUGACAGGGCUGUGGAUUAUUGGGCUUUGGGUAUUUUGAUGCACGAGCUUCUAAGCGGAAAUCCACCGUUCACCGCCUCAGAUCCGAUGCGUACCUACAAUUUGAUUUUAAAAGGAAUCGAUAUGGUUGAUUUCGGAAAAUAUAAUAUGACAAGAUCUGCACAAAGUUUGAUUAAAAAACUCUGCAGAGAUUUACCAUCUGAGAGGUUGGGAUACCAACGUGGUGGAAUACAAGACAUCAAGAAGCAUAAAUGGUUCCAAGGCUUCGAUUGGGAUGGUUUGAAUGAGGGAACUUUACCUCCGCCGAUCGUGCAGACCGUGCGCGAUUCCAGCGAUUCGAGCAACUUCGACUGUUACAGCAGGGAUAACGACAUCCCCCCUGACGAGUGCUCCAACUGGGACGUUAACUUUUGAACUCAUCUCCAUUAUUUAUUUACAAUUAACCUAAACGAGCGGACCAAUUGAUCGCUUCCAAUUGGUAACUAAUUUAACCAAUUCUGAACUGUAUAUGUAUUACAUAAGGACAAAGUAUAUGACAAUAAUUAAAAACGAUAAUA